AGACCAUGAAGGUUUUGGUGAUAGCUCUCAAGAGCAAUCAUCUUGUUCAGAAGACCAUUUUAAUUUCUGGUAGCAUACUUUCCUACAUUUUCUGUUUCCAGAACAUUAUUGGGGGUGUGUCCAUAGAUGUAACUUCUGUACAGAUAUAGGUUUUUUAUUUUAAUACUCAGCUGGCAUAUAUUCUCAUGGUGCUGUCUGCUGAUCCCUUGACAUUUUACUAAUGUUCCAAUGAUGGACAGUUCUGAAAAUGGGUGAAAUGCCGGUCAAGAUCUUGGUGUGCAAUAUCUCUCACAAUGAAGAGCCGGAUACCUCUUGUUCUCCUUGCCUGCGGCUCCUUUAACCCCAUCACAAACAUGCACAUGCGUUUAUUUGAGCUGGCAAGAGAUCACCUUCACCAAACAGGAAGGUACCGGGUGAUUGAAGGUAUCAUUUCUCCAGUCAGCGAUAAUUAUGGAAAGAAAGGCUUGGUUUCCGCAAGGCACCGGGUAGCUAUGGCUCAGCUUGCACUGGAGACAUCAGACUGGAUUAGAGUGGAUCCAUGGGAGAGUGAACAGGAGAAGUGGACUGAGACUGUAAAGGUGCUAAGGCACCAUUAUAAUGAGUCGCUCAGAUCGCUCCAUUUCAGGAAGGAACUCAUGAGAAACAAUUGGCCCACAGAAAGAGCUACUGAGGAUUUCCUUUCUUCAUUGGACCCAGUUUCCCCAGAGUUAAAGCUGCUUUGCGGAGCUGACAUUCUGAAGACAUUUAGUACACCUAAUCUCUGGAAGGAGGAACAUAUUAAAGAAAUAGUAGAAAAGUUUGGUUUGGUGUGUAUUAGCCGUGCUGGCUCUGACCCUGUUCAGUACAUCAGUGAAUCAGAACUUCUAACUCGAUUCCAGCACAAUAUCCACCUGGUCACAGAAUGGAUUCAGAAUGAAAUCAGUGCCACGCAUAUUCGACAUGCUCUAUGCAAAGGACUAAGUGUGAAGUAUCUCAUUCCAGAUUCUGUCAUUUCCUAUAUUAAGGACUAUAAUAUCUACACAGAAGAGAGUGAGAGGGAAAAAUAAAGGGGAUUUAACUUCAGCCUAUGAAAGUACACAACACAACAAUAAACACACUAAAUGAUUGAUGUCUGUAUUCCACCAAAUGGGGAGAACACAAUGGCAUUUAUUUUUGGAAAAUCCCUGCAAAGCACAAUCUUUGUGUAUGGAGGAAAGUGAAGUAGGUUGUGGGGAGCUGCAACUAGCUAUACUUCUGAAAGUUUGUAGAAUAAUUCAGAAAAGUUUUUGUGUUACUACUGAGUUCAUGCUUUCCUAAGCUGUUAUGUGCAAAGGGCUAUCGGUUUUAAGAUCUCCACUAAGAGUUAAUUUACAUUACAUUUCUUCUGUUUUUAACGCAAAUAUUAAAAUCUUUAGUAAUUUUUGAGGGAUUCUUGUGGUGACUUAAAUUAUCUCAAUGGCUGUAGUUAGUGCUUUCCUGUAUUAUAAUCCUCUAAAACCAGAACUGUUUCAGUUUGAACGUGUCUUGGCCAUUCGCAGGCAGUAAGAAUAAAAUUGUCAUAUUUCUUUCUCAGGAAUAUUUUCAAUAAACUGCUAAAAUGUACAUAGUUGUUGCCACAUUUCUAUUUUAUAGGAUCCUGAAAGAAAAAUGAUUUCACUGUAUCACUUAAUACCGUUCAAUUUUGUGUGUGUGUAUAUGUUGGCAGAUCAGAAAUAAAGCCCUGAUUCAGGAAAGCACUUACGCAUGUGCUUAAGGCCCAUUAAUUUCAAUCCAGCUCAUAAUGAGAUGUUUAAAGGGGGUUCUUUGCUUUCCUCCUGAGUCCAGUAUAUGCUAGUCCAGUCUCCCUGGCAUAAUUUAGAGCAGCUAUAAGGGAGCCUCAGCCAUGCCCCCUAUGUCAACAUCAAGAAGAGGGAGCAGCACUGGAGCUUCUACACUCUCUUUCCUUGCAUUCAGGUGAGAAUAUCUAAACAACCCACUUGAUUCCACUGUCCUUGUUCCCUUUCCUUCUGCAAGAAUAGCCCCUAGAGAUGUCUAAGCACUUCUGAAGCCUAGUAAUGCCAGCCAAAGUUUUGAAAGAUUUUGUUAAUAAUUUAUGGGAAGUGGUGAAAUGUAUCUACCGCUUUCCCUCAAGUAAUCUGUGAGUUUUCCCAACUCAGCAUUCUGUGGAUGUCCUGUAUAAAAUCAUACAAAUUCAAUACAAUGAUUGUUCACACUGUAUGCUCUUUUGGUGUCAUGGGAUUCAUUUUAACAAUGAGAUUGUUUUGCAUUGGCUUUCAUAGCACACACAUGCUGCAUUCUACUUUGUGUAUAAUGCUUAGAAGUUUGCAAUAAAAGAGGAUAUUUUC